ACAGAGAAACAAAUGUACAAUUGAAAUGGUUAAAAACGUGUAUGUAUGCACAUAUGUAUGUAUGUACCUCGAAACAACUCGAGUCUUAAGUCGUAAAUACAAAGAUAGAUGGAUAUCUCAUAACGAAUACUACAGAAGAUAGAUAGAAAGUGGCAUGUAGCGCGCCAGCUCACCAAGUAAGAUGAUGAAAUCCAAACGUCUGUCAACGAAGUCGGCUCUCAACGUCAAGCCCAUAGCAAUACAAAGACUUCUGCCUGCAUCUCCAUAUAAUAGCGUCGCUUUAUACCGACUACCUCACCGACGUUUGGCCUUAAUACCUUUUAUGUAUUUACUUUCUACCACCAACGAACGAAUGAUGACGACAAACAAGGUGCCGAAGACGCAGCUGCUAGUUGAAUUCACCGACUUUUUCUUCAGCAUCAUAAUCAUCUUCAUCAACGGCAAAAAUACACGCUUACCCCGAAUCAACGUUGCUAUCGUAAACGCCUCCAUUACUUAUGAUGUGCUACACUUCGUCAGUUCGCCAUACGGUCGGUCGGUCGGUUGCUAAGUCAAUGGUAGUCUUUCAGUUGGGUUCUGCAGCUGCUGCUUCUUCAACUUAAGUCGCUUCCCACACAGCACAAUGUUGUCGAAAUCAUCAUCAUCAUCAUCAUAGCUGCUCUUCCACACAGACACACACACACUCACACAGGCAUAUAUGUAUGUACAUAUCUUCUUACCUCUCACCUCGUCUUAUUACUCGUACGUAUAGUACGUACUUGGAUUGAAUAUUUUUGCCUUUCUUUACCUAGUCUACCUCUAAACGCGUACGACCCAGUAACCACAGCUAACAGCCAACAACCACGACCAAAGCCCGACAAACCAUCCCAACCAACCAUCUAUUCAAGCAACCAUUCAUUCACUCAAAACUCUAUGUAUAUGUAUGCGUAUCAAAAUGCAAUACAAUAUCGUGUUCGUAUGUUUGUUUGUAUGCAGCAUACAUAUAAACUUACACAGUAGUUGUUUUUGUGCUUAUACAUCGAAACAUCGCUUGGCACAGGCACUUGGUGGCACUGCUGAGUCUGAGGCGACUAACAACUAACGACCGACUAUACGGACGGAUGUACGCCGGGCCAUAGUAAGCUUGGAGGAUUUUCGUCUAUAUACUUGCCGCGCGUAUGGGAAACGAGUAUUAUUUUGGGGCGCACGAGACCUCGACUACCGAGUCGGUCGAAUGUACGUUUCAUUUAGUGUUGAGCAGUCGCGUUGAACGUUUGUGUAAAAUUUCAGUGUCUGUGCUCUUGCUGUAGCUGCGCUGUUACUGUUGCUGUUUGCUGUUACCGUUCGCUGUUUUACUUCUCGGUGGUGCAUAGUAUAGCGAGUGGAUCUAACGUUUUGCACAUUGAACAGUCAGUUGUAGUUAACUAGGCGCAGUGGCGUUUCAAAAACGUUCGUACAAAGAAAAAGACAAAGUAAAGUUCUCUCUGCCGUUUGUUGGACUGAAUUGAACAGAGUGAGUUUCAGUGAACGGUGUGUUGUUGCUGUUUCUUCAACUGACUUUUGAUAUCGUUGAAAACAUUUUGAUUCAAAACAAAAAUAUAAUACAAACAAUAAAUAAAAGAAAACGUAGCCGGCACGUUUUGGAGAAUACCAUCUGGAGAUAAUUAAAAAUUAAAAAUUCAAAACAAAAAAAAAAUAUCAGUCAUUAACUGACAUAAAAAACUUACAAAUACAUAUAUGAGCACCGCUUCGAAAGUGAUUCUUUGAACAGCAAGACAUAGCAUAAUACUUGGAGGUCACAGUACCGGAGCCACUUGAGUAUAUAUACAUACAUACAUUUACACAAUAUCGCCCCAUACACUUUGCUUUGUGUAUAGAGUGUAGUAUUGGGGACUGUCAGUGCCGGAUAUAGAUUGCCCCCAAACCAGUAUAUACUAUAAGUACUUGUAUAGCUGCGGGACUGAGUACAAAAGUCAGUCGCUUGAAAGGAAAGAGAGCCGAGUGAGUGAACGAAUCAGCGUCAGUGCGAAAUAUUCGGAUACGUGCCAGUUGAAGUGAGAUAGCGCAGUGACGGGGUCUUGAGAAUCUGAAUUGUGUGCGCGCAAGAUCAGCUGAAUAUAGCCUACAAAAAAAAAACAAUCUCCCGUGUCUCAAAACGCAGUAAAAGUUAGAAGUUUCAGUUAAAACAUAGAGACAAAGAAAUUUCAGCAUGCCGACUAUUAGACGUUGUUGCAUCGUGGGAUGCCUCUCCAAUUCACGACAGAGUCCACAAUUGCAAUUCUUUCAAUUUCCACGACCUGAAAAUCCUUUCUACUCUCUAUGGAAGCAAGCUUGUCACGCCUCACUUAAUCGCAUACUACCUUUCAAGAAGCCAGUUGUAUGUGCAUUGCAUUUCCAUCCCAAUCUAAUAGGUGGCAGACGUUUAAUGUCUUCAGCAGUACCAUCGUUACGACUGGAUGUACCGAAUGACUUGAAAGCCGUGGAACAGCAAGCUAUGGUAGAAGAGAUAGAGCGUAGUCGUAAAUGUGCAUACAUUAAUGCUGUCGUAUAUGAAUGGUUGGUACGCGCUAACUUGAAUCCGCAACUUCGUGGUUCCAUAACACAUGGCAUGAUUAAGGAUAAAGCUGCUUCAGCCGCACAACUAAUUGGUUCAACUUCUUUUGUGGCUGAUAAUCGUUGGCUGAAUAGAUUCCGUGAGACGCAUUUAAGUGGUUUUGCCCAAAAAUUGGCUAAUAAUCAACUCAAACCGCUGGGGGUGUCGUUGUGGAUAAAUGACAUUGUACAAGAUCUACAACAUCUUUUCCCACCAACCAGUGCGGAACGUAUUGCGAAAUUGGAGAGUUUGCCAGAACAAUACAUGGAUUAUAUGCAACAGUAUGGAGAAUAUGAAGAGGAUGAUGAUCAAGAUUCGCAGAAUCAGUCAUUAAAAGAGCAACAACAGCAAAGUUACCAUCAUCAACAACAGCAAGGUCAUGGUGGUUAUGACGCCUACGGUCAGCCGAUAUCAAAUUAUAAUGGCAGCUAUGACGGCUAUGAAGGAUACUACGAUAGGCAAAGUCAACACAACAGUUACAGUUCGCCACAACCACAACGUCCUGCCUCGAAUUCUCCACCGCUACAACAAUUACAGAAGUUAGCUUCACCGGCACAUCGUGCUAGCCCCGUGCUACCGCCACCUGUAAAGCGACCACGUUCAAGCGUAGAAGAGGGAUCGGAAAUAAAUGGCACCAACAAUGUAACAGACUUAACUAAUGAGUGCGAAGCGAAUGACUGUGACGUGAAGCCAAUCAAACUCAACGGCAUACCUUCACCCAAUGGCAGCAACGGCCUGACACCAGCACCUUCACCGAAGCCCAUAAUUAAUGGUAACACAAACGGAAAAACAAAUGGAAAUAUCGAGGACAACCACAGCAACGGUUACGGACCAGAGUUGACAACUUAUGCAGAAGCAUUAGAGCACCUUAAACCGAUUGAAGAAUUUGCGCUUUCUAUGGAAAAUUUCCGUGCUAUUGGGUUAAUAUCGCAAUUAGAGGCUAUACUGCGAAAAGGUGAAAAUAAGCGACUAGCUGCUCACACGAAAAAAUCAGUCACAACGACGUCUACAACGGUCUCCACUACGGCGUUCACAUCGGAUACGCCGAAGCAACAACACCAAAGCUCACGAGAACAGCCACAACAACAACAACAACAACAACGAGAAGAACGGCAGCAACAGCAACAACGUCGAACAGACCAACCGCUAGGUACAAACAUCACCAACACCACCACUACCACUAUAACAACCAGUCGCGUCGGACGACGCGUGCGCCUACCCGUGCACUUAGCGUCAUCGGUGACGACCACUAAAGCUGCCAUAAGAACGGGUGCGGCAUCGUCCAUGUUGGGUCCGAAAAAAUUGCGAAGUUUGCGAAAUUUAUUGUCGCGCGGUAAAAGAAGACACCUCCGUGUGCGCAGUGCAAGUAACGGUAGCGGCGCUCAGCAGCAGCAGCAGCAGCAACAGCAGCAACAGCAACAGCAAUUGCAACAAAGGCCUGAGCAAGAAUCGACACAACAGCCACAGCAACGGCCGAAUAUUCAAAAUCUGAAUGGUAUUGACAACAAUAGUAAUAAUAACAACAACAAUAAUAAUAAUAAAAGCGACAACAAUACAACAACAAGUCCCUUAGCACAAAAUAGCGUAGAAGCGAUGAAAGUAAAGCAGCGCGAGAAGGUGACCGAUAAGAAAGCGAACGAAACGGAGGAGUUGGACGAAGAAGGCGACGAUGAUGUUCACGACGAGGAGGCUAUCGAUACGCAUAAGUCUGAAAAUAACCCCCCACCGGCUCAUACACAGCCGUUUCAUGAAAAGGUGCUCUACGACACGCGCAUACGCCGCAAGAAUGUAUUGGCGCUCAACGAGAAGGUGGCAGCAAUACGCGAGUACGAGAAAUCGCCGGUGUACAAGCGUGUCGGACGCAUCUUCCACUGCAGUCCCGAUCAGAUCAAACGCAUAGUUCAGCAGAAAGAUAGUAUACUCGAGGCUUGGGAGCAACGUACGCGUCGCUGCCAUGAUGCCAAAACGCUCGAGAUGAAAGUGGUGCGGGUAUCGAUGUUGGGCAAGGCGGUAUUUGAUUGGCUGCGUCGCAUGAUUUACUACCAGGACAUACAAAUCACUGAUGGGCUGAUACAGAAGACAGCGUUGCAAUUUAAAAGUGCAAUGGGUUUGCAGAAUUUUUUUCCUCAUCAAGAUUGGUGUGAUAAAUUCCGGCAAACAUAUAAGAUCCAUACAACGGAUAGUAAAUUACUGAAGAUCGGCUAUACGCAAGGCUAUUCCGUCCAGAUUAAGGAUGUUAUGAAGGAUGUGCUCAACGAGUGUACGCCGGAAGAGGAGGAAGGCGAAUCUGAUGAUGAUGAUGAUGAUGGUGAUGAUGAUGUUGAAGAGAUCAAGGACGAAUGUGAAGAUGGGGAAAAUGAGCGCAACACAGAGGGUAACGGAGAAGUGGCGGCAAAACGUAGGCGCUUAAAAGCUAGCAACGCCACGAGCAGUGGUACUUCCAACAACAAAGCGCAGACACCAAGAGGAGCACUAAGCGCAACCGGAAAUACGAUUGUAAAUCGCAACAACGCAGGAUUGUCGCAUAGUAAUUCAACUCACGGCCUUCAAAAUAGAAGCGGCCUUCAACCAGCGCUUAACAACUUGGCAACGCCACAGUUAGCACCUCUACGUCAACUCGUCGCAUUACCACUACAAGGUAACGUCGCAGGUAUGCCGCAGAAAGUGCUAGUUGCCACGCCCAUAACUCCCGCCGGGCAAAUGUCUGGUUCCAAGCCAAUGACAAUGACAAUCAUACCGCUAGCGACAAUAGCACAAUCGCAAGGCAUGCAAGCAGUUGCAGUCUCAACAGCAGUAACAGCCGCCGCUGCAGCUACAGCACCAGCGGUAGCUCCAGCGCUCGCCACCCAGGCGCUAACUGCUGCGCUAGCCACGGCAACAGCCACUGCCGCCACACCUGUCUCCGAGGCAGAGAAAUCUACCGUACCGCCACCCAUGUUGGAUAUCAAAAAGGAAGUUAAACAAGAGCCAAUGGAAAUUAAACAGGAAUAUAUAUCAGAUGACGAGGAGGAUGUCGUUGUUGAGAAAGUGCAGCCACCACAGCAGCAAAAGCAACCAAAUCAAACCACUACCCCAACAACUGCGGCCACACAGCAAAACGCGAGAACGAAUAAUAAAAAAGGCAAUAAUGUAUUCCUUUCCGAUGUCGAAACAUCCUCAAACAACAGCUCGGACAUUGAUAACAGCAUCACUGCGCCUGAAUCAGCUGAUGAUGAAAAUAUAGCUUUAGCCAAUUUGCGUCGCCUCAUACAGACUCAGGGUAAAAUUGUUGCCACCUCCGCGCAGUCGUCCUCAUCAGCGACAGUUAUGCGCGGCAACACGGCAACUACGACGAUGUCUGCGAUACCACCCUUGGAACCGAAACCCAUAUUUACACCCAUAAGAUUACCACUCAGCAAACCUACGUCCGUCGAACGCCAAAGUUUACCAGCGUCAACAAAUGCCAUUACUUGUAUACCUGCCGCCAAUAUAACCGCCAUGAAUAGAGCACUAUGCUUCACUCCACCUUUGCCGCCACUAACUAAGGCACCAGAGGCUGUUAUCAAUCGUUUGGCCAACAAGCGAAAGCAUACCACAAGCAAUACGCCACAGUUGCCGCCUAUUAAGUCAUGCUCGGAGGCGCGUAAAUACCUAAAGCUGCUGGAAGAUUUUGCUUUGGUUAAAGAGAACUUUAGACUGAUCGGCCUGAUCACGCGUGCCGAUGAAGUGUUGCGGGAGUUGGACGGCGACGAUGAUGUGGAUGUGGAUUGAGGGGUUGGGGGUGAUUUAUAUGAUGAUAUUCUAGUGUUUAAUACUUAGAAGCGUACAUAUUUAUUAUAAGUAUAUAACUAUAAGCUUUUUCUAUGAAUACCAAAGCCGGUAAUUGUUGCCAUAGUUUGUAAAUGAAGUGAGUAAAUGACAUAAUUACUUUAUUGGUUGAAGCCAUCACUCAUGCAUAUGUAUUGUACAUAUGUAUUUCUAAUUUGAAUUACAUACAACUUGAUUUUUGUAUAAAUAUAUAUACUUCUAAUUAGAACCGUUUUUUUUUUAAUAGGAACUUUUGAAUUA